CGCUUUAUAGAUCAGUUGCUUCGCCUUUACGCCUCUUUCGCCUAUAUAUUUAUCAACGAUAUUAUUAUCUUUAGCGAUACUAUAGAUAAGUAUACUAAGUACCUAGAAACUAUCUUUAGCUUGUUCAAGAAGAAGAAUAUCUCUAUUGUACUAGCUAAGUUAUAUAUUGUAUACCCUAGCGUAGAGCUACUUAGUUUCUAUAUCGAUAGAUUUAGACUAAUUAAUAUAGAGUACUAUAUCGCUACCUUUAGGAACUUCGCCUUUCUAAAUAACUUGAAGGCUCUAGAGUAG